AUGGAUGGCUGCAGCGCCGCCCCACAGCGGCCAAGGGCAGUUGGCUGCCGCCAUCGAGGCGCUCGGCCGUUCGGCUGGGAGCCCUGCGGGGCGCUGCGGAGCCUGGAAGAGGAGCGAGUGCUGCGAAGAGGAGGAGAUGGCGGCGGAACAGCUUUACCCGCGGAGCUCUAUCGAGGAUGACUUCAACUACGGCAGCAACGUGGCCUCGGCCAGCGUCCACAUCCGAAUGGCUUUUCUACGAAAAGUCUACAGCAUUCUGUCCAUUCAGGUUCUCUUGACCACAGCCACAUCUGCAGUUUUUCUGUACUCCACUGGAGUCCAGGCAUUUGUUCAUGAAAGGCCUGCCUUGCUUUUGCUAUCUUUGUUUGGAUGUUUGGCUAUAAGCUUUGCACUGGCCCUCUACAGACACCAGCAUCCUGUUAACUUAUACCUGCUUUUGGGAUUUACCGUCCUGGAAGCAUUUACAGUUGCCAUUACAGUGAGUUUCUAUGAUGUGUCCGUCGUCUUGCAAGCCUUCAUUCUUACGACUGCUGUAUUUCUUGGACUCACUGCAUAUACAUUACAGUCAAAGAGAGACUUCAGCAAAUUUGGAGCAGGGCUCUUCGCUUGCUUGUGGAUUUUAUUCUUCUCAUGUUUCUUAAUGCUGUUUUUCCGUAGCGAAAUAAUGGAGUUGGUGUUUGCUGCUGCUGGAGCUCUUCUCUUCUGUGGAUUUAUUAUUUAUGACACUCACUUGCUGAUGCACAAGCUCUCCCCCGAGGAGUACAUACUGGCUGCAAUCAAUCUUUACCUGGACAUCAUCAAUCUGUUCAUCAACCUGCUACGUUUGCUGGAGGCAUUUAAUAAAAAGUAAUAAACGGGGAUGUGGUUGAAGUACCUGAAUGGUGUUGGCUUGGAUGAUCUACAGACCAUGCGCUCUCAUCUUUUAGAGGCUGCAUCUUUAUUUCUCUUUCAUUACAUGAGCACUCAUCCCUCCUUUGAGGUGAGGGGGAAGCUCUCAGUCUAAGUACUUCUCUAGAAUAUGUGUUUUGUUUAGUUGACAUGGUGUAUCCAGCUCCACUCCAUUUUUUAUUUACUUUUACCAAGUUCAGAUUUCUUCUAGUCUUAGUUUGGUAAAAUGGGAUGCUGUCUGUGAAAGGGAGGUUCUGCUCUUAACACCGAGCACUUGUGUGAACUGGGAGAUGAUGGGGUCGCUUCAUGGGAACGUUCUUCAUUCAUUAAGGAUGAUUUAUUGCCUAUCUUUCAGUGUUCUGGAAAAUCAUGUGAAGGUGGAUUCUUGUGUAUGCUAAGGUUAAUGGUCUCUCAAUAAAGGAUAAAACCUUCAGUCAA